CUUCCAUUCUUCCAUGUUUUCGCGGUGGCUCGGUACUUGAAGUCUCUAGAGAAUUUAUUCGACAUUCUUGAUAAAGUUAUACUGUGCUGCUGCUGUCGCAACUACUGCUGGGACAUGUUACUGUUAAUGUUGAUAUUGAUUUAAUUGUCCUGUCUAUCAAAAUUCAAACAUACCAAGAAACCGAUCCACCAUGACCGAUUCGGCCCACGAGGGCACCACCGCCACCCGUCAUAAUCUCCCCGCAUCCUCCUCUUCCUCCUCUUUGCAUUCCCCCAACACUUCCACUACAUCUUCUACCUCUCCUCACCAUCACCACUACAGCCAAGAUGAACAUGAACAAGAACCCGACCCCAACGCUCUCGAAAAGCAACCCACCGCUGCCUCGGGCUUCUCCGCCGCCCUGCAGACCCGCACGCAAUCCCUCGUCUCGCGCAUCCGCAGCCGCGAACCGGGCCAGACCCGCGGCUUCUCGCAUCCGCUGUCGCACACCAAGACCACCGAGGAUGUGAUUGUCGAUUUCGACGGGCCCGAUGAUCCUUAUCGGCCGAUGAACUGGAGUUUUCGGAAGAAGGCGGUGACGACGGUGUUGUAUGGGUUGACGACUAUGGGGGCUACAUGGGCAAGUUCAAUUUACUCGACCGGGACCACGCAAGUAGAUGCAGAGUUCCACGUCGGAGAGGAAGUCGGGACGCUGGGGACGACUUUAUUGCUUUUUGGAUUCGGCCUGGGCCCCCUCAUCUGGGCGCCCAUUUCCGAAGUCUACGGGCGCAAACCCGCCGUGCUAGCCCCGUACUUCAUCGCCGCGAUCUUCUCCUUCGGCACGGCGACCGCCAAAGACCUGCAAACCGUCAUGCUGACGCGCUUCUUCACCGGCUUCUUCGGCUCCGCCCCCGUCACCAACACGGGGGGCGUCCUCAGCGACAUCUGGACCGCGGAGCAACGCGGCGCCGCCAUCGUCGGAUACGCGAUGGCGGUCGUCGGCGGACCCGUGCUGGGCCCGAUCGUCGGCGGGGCGAUCACCUCGAGCUACCUCGGCUGGCGGUGGACGCAAUACAUCACGGGGAUCAUGAUGAUGUUGUUCCUGUGCCUGGAUCUCCUCUGCCUCGACGAAUCCUACCCGCCCGUGCUGCUGGUCUACAAAGCGCAGCGCCUGCGCUUCACCACCGGCAACUGGGCCCUGCACGCCCGCCACGAGGAAUGGGACGUGACCCUCCGCGAACUCGGCAACAAGUACCUGAUCCGCCCCUUCGCCCUGCUUACCACCCCGAUCUGUUUCCUGGUCGCCCUCUACGCCUCCUUCGUCUACGGCAUCCUCUACCUCAGUCUCGCCGCCUUCCCCAUCGAAUUCCAGCGCAUCCGCGGCUGGAACCGCGUCGUCGGCGCCCUCCCUUUCCUGGCGUAUCUGAUCGGCAUCCUCUGCGGCGCCGCCAUCAACCUCUUCAACCAGCGCUUCUAUAUCCGCCGCUUCAAGCAGAACCACAACCGCCCCGUCCCCGAAGCCCGGCUCCCGCCCAUGAUGCUCGGCUCCGUCUUCUUCGCCGGCGGCCUCUUCCUCUUCGGCUGGACCGGCACCCUCAACUAUCACUGGAUCUGCCCCUGCAUCGGCGCCGUCCUCAUGGGCUUCGGCUUCUUCACCAUCUUCCAGGCCGCCCUGAAUUAUCUCAUCGAUACCUUCCAGGCGGUCUCGGCGAGUGCCGUCGCCGCCAAUACCUUCAUGCGCAGUCUGUUUGCCGGCUGUUUCCCGCUGUUUGCCAAUAUCAUGUUCACGAAGCUGGGCGUCCCCUGGGCCGCCAGUGUCUUGGGCUUUGUGGCCGUCGCCCUGAUUCCGAUUCCCUAUUUGUUUUAUAUCUAUGGGAAGCGGAUCCGGGCGAGGGGGAAGUGGUCUAGGGCUUCGGUUUAUGAUUGAUUUCUCUGUCGGGGGAAAGAUACCUCGCAUGAUAUACGGGUUUCUGGGUUUGGUUUAUACAUAUAUAUAUAUAUGUAUGUAUUUUAUAUAUAUGUUCAUAUGCAUACGUCCUCAGGGGCUUUAGAUACCAUUUCAAGAUCUA